AUGGCUAUUAACGAAUUACGUUGGGGUAUUCUGGGCACAGGAAGCAUUGCCAAGAAAUUCGCAAAAGACCUCCUCGUCGACCCGGCCACAAGAAGACAUGGUAAUAUCGGCCACCUCCUUUCCGGGGUAGCAUCUUCUCGUUCAGAUGAUGUCGCCCAAGAAUUUAUCAAUACAGUACAAGCCCCGUCCUACUGUCACGCAUACGGCAAUUACUCCGAUCUAGUUAACUGCCCUAUCAUCGACGUGAUCUAUAUCGCGACACCUCAUUCCCACCACUUCCAGAAUGCCAUGCUAGCUCUCGAAGCGGGAAAGCAUGUGCUGUGUGAGAAAAGCCUGACUGUGAACGCUGCACAAGUCAAGAAGCUAUUCGCCAUAGCGAAGCAGAAACAAUGCUUUCUCAUGGAGGGACUAUGGACACGGUUCCUUCCAGUAAGUGUAGAGGUGCGUCGACUUCUCCAAGCCGGUGUCAUAGGGACUGUCACCCAUGUCUUCGCGGAUAAUGGCCUGGGAGCGGACCUACAUAGAGAUUUAGCGACAGGCGACCGCAUGGUUGUAAAAGAACUGGCUGGCGGGGCGUUGUUGGACCUUGGCGUGUAUUCAAUCCACUGGGUCCUUCAAGCCCUCUCCAAGGAAAUUCGCCGUCCAAAUCAGAUCCUCUCCACCAUGACGAAAAACCCCAUAUCAGGAGUCGAUGAAACCACCACCAUCCUUAUGAAAUUCGCUCCCAGCACUGCAGACGGACCUGAAAUCCAAGUCACAGCCAGUGGCAGUCUACGUACCACAACCAACACAGUCGGCGAGACCACUGCGGUACGGAUCCAAGGCGAUCAAGGCGAAAUACAAAUUUUUGGCUGGCCCUGGUGUCCAUCCCGACUACGGGUCAUCAGCCGGAGUCCCGGGAUGAAUAGCCGGGGGUUUAUCAGCAGCGAUAGGACCGACCUUCUACCUGACGGUGCAUACGGACUUUGUUUCGAAGCAGAUGAAGUCGCACGCUGCAUUUGUGAAGGCCUUCUAGAGAGUCCCGAGAUGCCCUGGCUAGAGAGCCUGACGGUCAUGGAGAUUAUGGACGCAGUGCGUCGGGAGAACGACCUCCAAUUCCCAAAGGAGAUUGAGACAUUGGAGUACCCUGUAGCGCUACCUCCUAAAAGAUGCCGAAACUAG